AUGGGACACUCAAUCCAUUCAUAUGGCGUUAUUAGCGUCAACAAUCUCAUCUACGUGGUUAUCCUCUCGGCUGCCGUCGAUCUCGUCGGCGCCAAAGUACCAAAGUUGAUUGCCCAAGCUGAGACCAUUUCUGUUCGUCUCUUGGGUGUAAUGAUGGCAUCGUUGAGUUCAGGGCUGGGAGAGCUGACGUUCUUAAUGCUAAGCUCAUUCUAUCGACUUGAGAUGGUCUCCGCAUGGUCGAGCGGCACAGGCGGAGCAGGACUUCUCGGCGCUCUGCUGUUUUUGACUCUCACCUCAUGGUUAAGACUAUCCGUUCCCCAAACAUUGGCAGUCGUCUCCUUAUUUCCUGUCCUGUUGUUGAUUGCAUACUUUGUAAUCCUGACCAACGCUACAAGUCCCGCUUCACGCCAACAAGCAGCAGGAGCAAGAUAUCGACCGCUUGCGACCUCCAAUCCAAUAUUUACAAUCAACAAUAACGAAGAGCGUCUGCUCUCCACAACUGAUCAUCAUCAGAGUCCCCGAGCCCCAAAUUGGGACCCCUCAUCUGCGUACCUCGCUCCACAGUUCGCAAAGCCAACGUCUCCACCCUCACUCCACUCUAUGAACGGAGUUAUGGACGACACCGGCGCAUCUCGAUUUGACCAACAACAGGAUCAACAUGGAAACGGAAGCAGUAAUACCCAAACGGAAGGAUCAACACUCCCAACUUCAUCUGGACGAACCUCACCUCCAUCCAUUGUCCCAACAAAUGACAAUAGCUCAGCUUCUUCUGCAUCGUUUUCAAUGCCGCUUGCUGUUCCUCCUUGGGAUCUUACUCCUCCAUCGUGGGACGCCUUUCAGCACCGUGCAGAGCCUACGUCGAUCAAUACUCUUUUGGCAGCGACAGAUCCAGACGAUCCAAACUUUGUGUCACCCUUCCGGGAGAGCGAAGAAAGCGGAUCCGGUCGUCGUAUGGCAGUCUACAAGCCCCAACCGAACGAGGAAAUGACGAUGCAAGAGAAGCGUGUUAUGGCCAGGUCAUUGCUUGUACCUUUCAUGCUCCCUCUCUUCUUGGUCUAUUUUGCCGAGUACACAAUGAACCAAGGAGUACUUCCAGUCGUGCUAUUUCCUCUGGAGAAGACGCCGUUUACCCACAUGCGAGACAUCUUGAGCAUGACCCCCGAGGAAAAGAGUUUGCUCUGGGAGUUGUCGGUGUUGCGGAUGGGCUUGGAAUAUUACUGGCUGGGGUUGCCAGUUUGUGGCUUGAACCAGCUCUGUGUCGAUGGCAAGUCGCGGAACGAGGCGUCAACCUCUACCGUCCGGCUCCUGCACACGUACCGGCGACUCUCUUUCUUGUCCGAGCCAGCGCAACGGGCCUUCCUCCGUCACAGCCGUUAUGUCAGGUCCCGUCAAACCCGCUUCUUUCGGCCGAUCAAGGCCCUUCUCGAAGCGCCCGAUCUGUGCCUCGAGACCAUCGAUAUCCUCAACAACAACCUUCAUUCGGAUGUCAUAGAUCCUUGCAUGAGCGCCGACUCUGAAGCCCUACUGAUCGCCCUGUUGAAGAAGAGCCCCCACCUUCGGACUUUGCGCAUCAAACGAUCACCCAAGGUGUCUCUCCCGCUGCUCAAUAUUAUUGCCACAGUGCUACCACGGUUCCGGCUCUUGUCCUUGUUUUGCCCACAGGGAAUGCCCUGGGUCAGUCCUGCAACCAUGAAGGCGUUUCUUGAAGCAUGUUCGCCAGAGACGGAGCAAUUGAGCGCCUGGGUGAUAGUCGAGGAAGACAACGAGGAGCAGGUCGAGUCACCCUUGUGGGAACUGAAGGACAAGGACAAGCACGCGUGCGAAAUCGAACGCAAGCACCACCAGUGUUUCAUCAGCGAUGGGCACGACAGCGUCUCUGACCACAGCAGCCAGAAGUCUCCACCAUCACAUCCAGCCCUACACAUGCUCUGUCUAUCAGGGUACUUCUACGACCAUGAGGAGGACGUUGUGAUGCCGUUUCUGAGAGGCUGCAAGAAUCUGCAAAUGAUCGAGUCACCCCGACGAGUACCGAAACGACAAGUGCUGGAUCACCGACAAUUAUCGGAUACGAGCUGCGAUUGA